AUGUCAAGAAGAACCAAUAUGGCGCCACCACUCCGCAGCCGCAGAACCCGCCGGAAACAACCCGACUUCACCUCCUGCCACCACCUCGAUAAAGAAGAAGAAGAAGAAAAUGGAGAAGGUGGGUUAGAGGAGGGAACGUGGAGAUUUCAAGCUGAAUUAUUGAGGGAUGAGUGUAGUUUCUUAAGAACAGAAAGAGAAUUUGCUUUGAAGAAAUUGGAGAAGAAUAGAGUUAAGAUGGAGAGGACACUUCAAUCAGCUGUUCAUACCCUUAUUUCUGGGAAAAAGAAGAUUUCUGAAGGCAAGAAUGAUAAUGCAGUGUUGGAAGAAGAGAUUGAAGAUUUAGCAGAGAAAUUAGACGAGUUGCAGAUGAAUUUAAGGAUUAAUACAAGUCGAAAUCUUGAUAAAGAGAACUCUGUUUCUGAUUAUAGAAGCAGAAAUAAAGCCAUCGGUGUGGAUAAGUUGAGACGAAAAAUGGAGGGGUUCUCAAAGGGCAUGUUAGAUAGAGUCGAGGAAGAUUGCGGUUCAUUGCUUUCUAGUAGAGCCAAUAGUUCAGUUCCCGGUUCUGCUUCUACUUCCAAGCGUGUUGAUCGGUUUAUUGAACCAUCUACCUUUUCCACCCGACAAUCGUAUCAGGAACCAGUGUCACUAGAGGAAAACAAAUGCUCAGGACGUUGCAAGACCAUUAUCAGUAGGAUUGUAGAGCAGGUGAGAGUUGAGAAUGAGCAGUGGUCUCAAAUGCAGCUAAUGCUGGGACGGGUAAGGGGUGAAAUGGACGAACUGCAGGAAUCACGCGAUUUCUGGGAAAGUCAUGCUCUUGAUUUAGAUAGUGAAAUUCAAUCCUUAAGACGUGCGGUGAAAGAAUGGAGAAAGAAAGCGCUCGGUUUCGAAAAGAAGGCUAAUGAACUGCAAGUCAAGUUAUCUUCACUUAAAGGGGUGCUUCAAAAGUCAAAAACAGAGCUGAACUCAGAUCAAAACAAGAAGGUAGGUUCAGUUCCAGAUUUAUGUCCAGUUUCCCUACGCAAACAACUUGAAAAGGAAAAACACGAAUCGAGUUCUCGUUUGGAGGAAGACAAUAAUACUGACGAUACAGUGCGUAAAUGGGAGAAAGCCGACGAAGAGCUGAAGAAAGAAGAAAGCAUUGAAAUAAUGCCGACCAAAAAUUUGCCGGCUAUUUCUUUGGGAAAACAGCUUGCAAAGGAGAAGCUUCGUCGUGCUAUCAAAGGCAGAACAGAGGAACUCUUUGGGAACGGAAGAAGAAAACCACAAGCGUGCAACACUGGACUCGUGGAUACAAAACGAUCCCCAUUAAAAGACAUUGAGAAUUCGGAGGCAUAUUCUCGUUUCAAUCUUUGA